AUACAGCGUUGUCAGCACUUAGGUCCCUCGAAAAGCGACGAAAACGGUCGGCAGUCAGUAAACUUGGAGACUCAUAAAGGACGGGGAUGGCGAGAGCUCUAAAUUGACUAGAAACUCUGGUGCAAUUAGCUAACGUCGCUUGAUUUAGUUGUGAUAUGAUCUCUUGCAAGAUUUCAGUUGGAAGCGACAUUCAGCAAGUUGAAAGAGAUCUCGAGCACCGUGACUUUCAAAUUUUAAAUGGGAGUGCUGAAAUUGGGACUUUGCCGCGCAAGCUCCACCCCUUUACGUCAAUCAACUUUACUUUGAUAUCAAUGUUGUUGCGUGUUCGCUCAAAGGACGGUACUGUCCGAAUUACCGUAGACGGCGCCGAUACAUUCAAGGACAUAGCUGACAAGACAGCAGCAGCAUUCAAUGUCACGGAUACAAGCAACAUGGCUUUUGGAAAAGGGCCUUCUCCGCAAGAAGCCGCACCUUUACCCCAGCUAGCUCACCAGACAGUUAACUCAGCUGGCCUCAAACAUGGAGAUAUGAUUCAUCUUGUAUUUCUUGAAACUCCUCAUUUGCAUACUCCUGGAGAACAUGCUGAUGAGCCUCAAGCUACGGUGACCAACGCUGGGCCUGCUCAGGAAUUCGUGGAUAUUGAUGAAUUGAAAACUAUACAGCAAGAUCCUGUCGACGAUCUUUUAGAGAAGCAGGAUGGCUUGAUUGCAAGAUCAAGAGACAGUAAUUUCUGCCGACAUGGAACAAACGCUAUGUGCGAUUACUGCAUGCCACUUGAACCAUACGAUCAGAAAUAUUUGGAGCAGAACAAAAUCAAGCAUAUGUCUUUCCACGCACAUCUCAGACAACUCAACGCAGCUCAGCAGUCAAAAGCCGCUUCCUCCACUAUAACGAAACAGCUUCCCCCUCUUGAAGAGCAAAAUUAUAAAGUGCGAGUACCAUGUUCAGGCGGACAUGCCCCAUGGCCAGAAGGUAUUUGUACCAAGUGCCAACCAAGUGCCAUUACGUUACAAAGUCAGCCAUUUCGCCUUGUCGAUCAUAUAGAAUUUUCCUCGGCCUCGCUAAUCGAUAACUUUAUCCAUUAUUGGCGUGCCACUGGUUGUCAGCGUUUGGGCUACCUCUAUGGACGAUAUGAGCCGUACACAGAAGUUCCGUUGGGUAUUAAAGCUGUUGUGGAAGCUAUAUACGAGCCACCUCAGGAAGAUCAUAUGGAUGGAUUGGCGCUCUCCCUGCCUUGGCAAGAAGAGAACUCUAUCAACCAAGUGGCAGCAGCUUGUGGUCUUCAACCUGUUGGAAUGAUAUUUACUGACCUUCUUGACGACGGUACCGGUAAAGGCACAGUAGUGACAAAACGACAUGUGGAUUCUUUCUUUUUGUCCUCUUUGGAGUGUUCAUUUGCAGCAGAAAUGCAGCGUCUGCAUCCAAAUAGAUCCCGGUAUUCACCCACUGGAAAAUUUGGUUCAAAGUUUGUUACAUGCAUCAUCUCUGGAGACGAACAAGGUGGUAUUGGUGUGAGCGGUUAUCAAGUCUCAAAUACUAUGGUUGCCAUGCAGGAAGCUGGAAUUGUCGAGCCUAGCAUGAAGCCAUCGGUUAUGCUUGUCAAGGAAGGUAUUCCUCACCAACGCUAUGUGCCAGAAGUGUUUUACAAAUACAAGAACAAAUAUGGCGUUGCCGUUCAAGAGCCGGCUAAACCCACUUUCCCAGUAGAGUACCUUCUUGUCAAUGUCACCAAUGGCUUUCCACAGAACCCAAGCCCUGCAUUUGCAUCCGUCGUUCCAUUCCCUAUUGAAAACAGAGCAGGCUUAGAAACGCAAAAUCUCGGCAAGCUGAGUCAAAGACUUUCGUCAUGCAAUUCUUCGGCGGAAUACCUCACAGCACUGUCCGAUUUCCACCUCCUUUGCUUCAUUCGAUCGAGUGGAUUGCUAUCCACCGAGGAGUUUACUGCCUUGUGCAGAGCUAUCAUGCAACAUGACGUCGAUACCUUUACUAGCAUACAGCAAUCCAAUGGAUGGAAAACACUGGAGACGGUGUUGCGAGAAUCAGGUAAGCCAAAAAAAAAAUUAUAAUCGAUAAACUAUGUCAAAAAAAAAAAGUGAAUGAAUGACCGACCUAUCUCCGUACAGGAGGCCAUCAAGACGGUUCUGCCGACAUGUCGCGCACAACGUCAGCUACUUCUGGUGUUGCAACUCCGGGCACAUCUGGGUCUGUGGAGGUCACUUGCAGAUUCUGUACGUUUGUUAACCCAGCACGAAGUUCCAGCUGCGAAAUGUGUGGA